GCCAACAGUUUGACACCACCAUGAGUGCCUCAAGCUGUCCAAGUAAUAGCGAGAAUCUAUUUGGUCCUCGAGUCAAUAGCGCAUGUCGUCCUUUUGACUUCACGUUGAUAUUUGAAGAUGCAUUCUUCAGCAUUCUACCGUCGACCAUUCUUCUACUCCUGUUAUUGCCUCGAUUCGAGAUCCUGAGGCGCGCAUCCGUAAAGUUGAACUCGAUCAAGCUUGCUGUCUAUAAAUUGAGUAUUCUGGCUAUUCUCUUUCUCUUGCAGAUUGUGUUUACAGUAUACCAAGUCCAGACGCCAGCUCUGCACACCCGAAUUUCAACUCCAUCGGCAGUACUCAGCUUGACUGCAACUCUCGCAGCAGUCAUCCUGUCCUUCUUUGAGGACCAGCGCCUGGUCAAUCCAUCCGAUACUCUCGUUCUCUACUUUUCAGCUUUGAGCAUAUUGUACAUCCCUCGGCUUCGCACGCUAUGGCAGAUUCCAGUCUAUGUGCCCCGGGGACUCUUUACGGCCAUCUACAUUGGCAUCGUCUUGGCUGCGAUCUCGGAGUCCGCAAGAAAAUCACGGAUCCUUCGUCCUCUCUACAAACAUGUGGCAGUUGAGCAAAUCUACGGGUUCUGGGGCCGCAAUUUCUUCCUUUGGCUUUUUCCGGUGUUUCGCAAUGCAUAUACCAAUGUCAUAGGAGUCGACGAUCUACCUGCUAUUGAUCCCCGACUAAGAGCCGAGUAUGCAGAAGCACGCCUUCUACAAGCCUGGCAAAAGACACGUGGAAAACACCGAUUGAUCAAAGCAACCUUGCGUGCUUAUUAUGGCCCUUUCCUCUCUGCAGUCAUACCACGGGCUUUGGUAGCCGUUUUCACUUUCUGCCAACCAUUUCUCAUCACGGCGACGAUAAACUAUAUCAGCGCACCGAGUACCCCGGAGAAUAAAAGAUACAGACAGGCUUUGAUAGGAGCCUUUGCAUUGGUGUAUUCUGGAAUGGCAAUCUCCACCGCUGUCUACUACCGCCAGGCCAAUCGAACGGCAACCGUUGUACGGUCCGGCCUUGUGGCAAUGAUUUAUGAGCAAACAAUUGCCCUCAAAACAACCAACUCAACCAAGGCUGAAGCUGUGACGCUGAUGGGAACAGAUAUGCAACGAAUUGUCGCGACGGUACGAACCUUACAUGAUACAUGGGCAUCCGUCUUGUCAGUUGGAGUGGCAAUUUGGCUUCUGGAACUGCAAGUCUAUAUUGCUUGUGUUAUGCCUGCUAUUAUUGCUCUUGUAUGCAUCCUUGGAACGACGCCAAUUUCCAGUAGAUACGGCUCUGCCCAGGCAUACUGGAUAGGACAGGUUCAGAAAAGGCUUGCAAUUACCUCCACAGUGUUGAAGGAUAUGAAAGCAGUCAAGAUGCUGGGUCUUGAGACGAUAUUGCUCGACGUGAUUACCACAUACAGGAAGACUGAACUUGAAGCCUCCAAGCGCUUCCGAAAGCUCCUUGUGGGAAUUGUGAUGCUAUCGUGUGUACCUGCUGAUUUUGCCCCGUACGCGGUUUUCGUGGUCUACACGAUCAUUGCUUUGGCUCGGAACGAUCAAGCGCUUCUCACAACACAGGCAUUUACAACUGUGUCUUUGAUAUCGAUCCUGACAUCACCGUUGCUCUCAUUCGUGCAAACCCUUCCCCAAAUAACGCAAUCAAUGGGUUGCUUUGAGCGGAUUCAAGAUUAUUGUUUAAGAGAACGCUCAAGCGAUCUCUACCCGGCUACGACAGAUUCACGUAAAACAUCGGAUGAAGUUGAAAUGACCGCGCUAGCGAAACAAGAUAAGCACUUUGGGAGUUCGCCAUUGCAUGGAUCUUUCGUAUCAUUUCAGAAUGCGAAAAUAUCCUGGGCAACAGAUAGCGAGACUGUUCUGCGUCACUUGACCUUGUCAAUUCCUAGGAACAAGAUUGUGAUGAUAAUUGGCCCCAUCGGCUGUGGGAAAUCAGCCCUCUUGGAGAGCAUCAUGGGUCGGAUGAUUAUCCAGGACGGUAAUAUGCACUCUCCGGAAGCAAGUGUUGCGUAUUGCCCUCAGACCCCCUGGAUCAUGAACAGUUCCAUCAGGUUCAAUAUUACAGGCGAAACCGAAUUGGAUAAAAAGUGGUAUGACUCUACUAUCUCGGCCUGCGCGCUUACAGGUGAUCUGAGCAUUCUUCCUGAUGGUGAUAAGCAUAUGGCCGGGAGUAACGGGGUCUCCCUUAGCGGAGGACAGAAGCAGAGAGUGGCUCUUGCGCGGGCAGUGUAUUCCCGACUUCCUACCGUCGUUCUUGACGAUAUAUUUAGUGGGCUUGAUUCUCAUAGCAUCCGCAAAAUCGGCGAGAGUCUGUUUGGCCAGACAGGCCUCUUUCGGAGGACGGGCAAAACAGUGGUCCUCGCAACUCAUACUCAGUUCCUCCUUCCUUAUGCGGAUGAGAUCAUCCUUCUGAGCGACGGCAAAAUGGUGGACCAAGGCACAUACCAGGAAUUCUUGAUUCGGCAUCCCGAGUACGUCCAGGUCAAGACGGAAGAAAGCCCGCGUGAUGCAUCUGGUGAUGCAGGUACAGAAGAGGACACGCAAAAGCCGUCUGAGGCCACCCUCGACGCCGAUGAAUCGGAUGACUUGAAGAGAGACCUCGUUCGACGGGACGGAAGCUGGUCGGUAUACAAGUACUACUUCCGAAACGCAGGGUUCACCCCGGUGAUAAUUUUAGUGGCCGCUAAUCUUGCCUAUGGGUUUGCCGGCCAAUUCUCCACGCUAUGGUUGCAGUGGUGGUCCGCUGCCAAUGAGAAGCAUCCGAACAGCGACGUUGGCAAGUAUCUCGGUGUUUAUACUGUCAUCUUUAUCGUAUCAUGUGUAUCGCUUUGGGCAGCCUGCUGGACGCUACUGGUGAAUAUCAUUGGUAACACGGCCCUGAGUCUGCAUUCACAUCUUCUGCAAGCUACACUUAGCGCACCCUUCAGGUUCUUCCAGCAAACCGAUACCGGGUCGAUUAUCAACAGAUUUAGCCAAGACAUGGAGUUGAUCGAUUUCUCGCUCCCGUUGGUUUUCUUGAACUUUAUGGAAGGUAUCAGUGUUUGUGCAGUGUGCCUUGUUAUUCUUUGUGUCAUCGGAAAAUACAUCACGAUCACCGUCCCCUUUAUAUUGCUCACUUUGUGGGCAAUCCAGCUCGGGUAUCUUCGCACUUCCCGACAGGUGCGACUUCUGGACAUUGAAGCCAAAGCUCCUCUCUACUCGCAUUUCAACGAGACUGUUAGUGGUAUCUCAGUCAUCCAGGCUUUCCGGUGGCAACAAAACUUCCAUCAACAAUGCAUCGCUAAGCUGGACCAAUCACAAAAACCAUUCUAUAUGCUAUACUGCAUCCAACAAGGUCUACAGCUUGCCUUGGAUCUUGUGGUGAUGGUAUUUGCGGUGAUUCUGGUGGCAAUCAUAGUCUCACUGAAAGAUAAAUUUAGCCCGGGAAGUGUUGGUGUGGCAUUGAACCUGACACUUACCUUCAGUCAAUCUUUGAACAGGACCGUCGAAUCAUGGACACAAAUGGAGCUUUCGAUUGGAGCCGUGUCUCGGGUGCGGCGGUUUGUUGAGGAUAUGCCUUCCGAGGAGACAGGUUGCUCUUUGCGUGAUUCCGAAGGCCGGCUGCCGGAAGGUACAAUUGUGUUUGACCAUGUUACUGCAGGCUACAGCCCUGAAGCCGAGCCAAUCCUGAAGAAUCUGACCAUAAACCUCAAACCCGGCGAACGGAUAGCCGUGUGCGGUCCUUCAGGCAGUGGAAAAACAUCCCUGAUUAUGGCCCUUCUUCGAAUGAUCCAGGUCCAGGAGGGACGCGUUUCGAUCGAUGGGGUGGACCUGUCCACCAUUGACCCUAUGUCACUUCGAUCUCAGAUCAACGUCAUUCCACAAGACCCUUUCUUCAUGCCCGGUACGCUACGUUUCAACCUCGACCCCAAGGGAGCCCUCUCAGAUGAGGAUAUAAUCUCCGCAGUCCAGAAAGUAGGUCUAUGGAGCCGCGUAAGCACGAACGGUGGACUAGACACCACAAUCGAUACCCUUGAUUGGUCCUAUGGAGAAAGACAACUCCUAGCCCUUGCCAGGGCUUUGGCUGUGAGAGAUAACCAUAUUCUCGUCCUGGAUGAAGCAACGAGCAGCGUGGAUCGGGAGACCGAAUCUCUCAUGUAUGAGAUUAUCGCCAAGGAAUGCGCCAAACAGACCGUGAUCGCAGUGGUUCAUCGUCUCGGACACAUUGACUGGUUUGAUCGAGUGGCGGUUCUGCAGCAGGGACAGGUGGUGGAGUUUGACGCACCUCGGACACUGCUGGCGCAGCAUGAUUCGGCCUUUAAAAGGCUGUAUACUGCUUUGCAGAAAUAAGAUACUAUAUUAGCAUCAGCUAGAUAGAUCUAGGAGGGACAGAGCCUGGAAAGAAGAAGAUUUGGAUAGACACAAGUUGGUUAUACUGUCAAGAUUUAACAUGCAGAACAUUCUUCCCAUGAACAGGGACAGCGAAUAUAUGUGGGUAUCACAUCUAAUGCCAGUUUUCGCUAGUCCCAACCAGUCCAUUCAAGGUGUCUAAGGAGACAAUUCGAUAAAACAAU